AAAAUAACAAAACAAUAGAAAAAGAGACGUAGAUAUUGAAUUGGUCCCUAUGAACAAAGGCCACCUCAAACGACUACGUUUCUCCACUAUAAAACAACUCUUUUCCAUGCAGAAACACAUUCAAUCACUUCUUUCUCAUCUUCUUCAAACAUUAGACACUUUCUCCAUUGUUUCUUCCCUUAAUAAUUUGGAGAAAAUAGCCUUAGUAGCCGGUUAAAAUUUUCCGGUGAAAACAAUGGCGACUCCGGCAUGGAGUCAUGCCAAGGGUCCAUGGGUAAUCGCCAUUAUGGCGUUACUCGUUGGCUCGGCAAUCGCUACUGAACCUUACUAUUAUAACUCUCCUCCACCACCCUAUGAGUAUAAAUCUCCACCGCCUCCAGUUGCAUCUCCUCCACCCCCUUAUGAAUACAAAUCUCCUCCUACUCCAGUUAAGUCGCUUCCACCACCGUAUGAGUACAAAUCUCCUCCUCCUCCGGUUAAGUCUCCUCCACCUCCUUAUUAUUACCACUCUCCACCACCACCUGUGAAGUCUCCUCCCCCUCCUUAUGUAUACCACUCUCCACCACCACCCGUGAAGUCUCCUCCCCCUCCUUAUGUCUACCACUCUCCUCCUCCUCCAGUUAAGUCUCCUCCCCCUCCUUAUGUCUACCACUCUCCUCCUCCUCCAGUUAAGUCUCCUCCCCCUCCUUAUGUCUACCACUCUCCACCACCACCCGUGAAGUCUCCUCCCCCUCCUUAUGUCUACAACUCUCCUCCUCCUCCAGUUAAGUCUCCACCACCGUAUUACUACCACUCCCCACCUCCUCCAGUGAAGUCUCCACCACCGCCGUAUUAUUACCAUUCCCCACCACCUCCAGUGAAGUCUCCUCCACCACCAUACUACUACCAUUCCCCACCACCUCCGGUAAAGUCUCCUCCACCACCUUACUACUAUCACUCUCCACCUCCUCCAGUGAAGUCUCCUCCACCACCAUACUAUUAUCACUCUCCUCCUCCACCAGUCAAGUCUCCACCACCACCUUACUACUACCACUCUCCUCCUCCUCCAGUCAAGUCUCCUCCACCACCAUACUACUACCACUCUCCACCCCCUCCGGUAAAGUCUCCUCCACCACCGUACUACUACCACUCUCCACCCCCUCCGGUAAAGUCUCCUCCACCACCGUACUACUACCACUCUCCACCACCACCGGUAAAAUCUCCUCCACCUCCAUACUACUACCACUCUCCACCCCCUCCGGUAAAGUCUCCUCCACCACCGUACUACUACCACUCUCCACCACCACCGGUAAAAUCUCCUCCACCUCCAUACUACUACCACUCUCCACCCCCUCCGGUAAAGUCUCCUCCACCACCAUACUAUUACUCAUCUCCACCACCACCAAAAUCUUAUCCUCCACCAUACUAUUACUCAUCUCCACCACCACCACCAAAGUCGUACUCCCCACCGUACUACUAUUCAUCACCACCACCUCCGGUGUCAUACCCUCAUCCUCACCCACACACACAUCCACUUGUCUUCAAAGUUGUUGGUAAGGUGUAUUGUUACAGAUGUUAUGACUGGACAUACCCCAAAAAGUCCCACGAUAAGAAGCAUCUCAAAGGUGCUGUUGUGGAAGUGACUUGCAAGGCCGGUGACAAGACAGUGAAGGCAUACGGAAAGACCAAAAACAACGGUAAAUACGCAAUCACCGUUAAAGGAUACAACUACCGUAAAUAUGGUGGCGAAGUCUGCACUGCCAAGCUUCAUGCUCCGCCUAAGGGAUCGCCAUGUAACAUUCCUACAAGUUACCAUAUGGGUAACAAAGGUGCAAAACUCCAUGUGAAAUCAAAGACAAAGGACGAGGUUGUGCUAUAUGCUAAGUCAUUUGCUUAUGCACCUAAAAAACCUUACGGUGAAUGCCACAAACCGGCUCCUUACCAUCCUCCAUACUACUACAAAUCUCCACCACCACCGUCUCCGGUUUACUACUACAAGUCACCACCACCACCGGCUCCAACCUACGUCUACAAGUCUCCACCACCACCAACCCCGGCUUAUGUCUACAAAUCACCACCUCCACCAACCCCAACCUAUGUUUACAAAUCACCACCACCACCAACUCCAACUUACGUGUACAAGUCACCACCACCGCCAACUCCGACAUACGUUUACAAAUCACCACCACCACCAACUCCAACUUACGUGUACAAGUCACCACCACCGCCAACUCCGACGUACGUUUACAAAUCACCACCACCACCAACUCCAACUUACGUGUACAAGUCACCACCACCGCCAACUCCGACAUACGUUUACAAAUCACCACCACCACCGACUCCAACAUAUGUAUAUAAGUCUCCACCACCACCAACCCCUACUUAUGUCUACAAGUCACCGCCUCCACCAACUCCGACAUAUGUCUACAAGUCUCCACCACCACCAACCCCUACUUAUGUCUACAAGUCACCGCCUCCACCAACUCCAACAUAUGUCUACAAGUCACCACCACCACCGACUCCAACCUAUGUCUACAAAUCACCGCCUCCUCCUACUCCGACAUACGUCUACAAGUCGCCACCUCCUCCUACUCCAACUUAUGUUUACAAAUCACCACCCCCUCCAACGCACACUCCUACACCAUACUACUACCACUCUCCACCACCACCAGUAAAAUCUCCUCCACCUCCAUAUUAUUAUCACUCACCACCACCACCCGUCAAAUCCCCGCCACCUCCAUACUACUACCAUUCUCCACCACCUCCGGUGAAAUCUCCUCCCCCUCCUUACUACUACCACUCACCACCUCCUCCAGUGAAGUCUCCUCCUCCACCAUACUACUAUCACUCCCCACCUCCUCCGGUGAAAUCUCCUCCUCCACCUUACUACUACCACUCCCCACCUCCUCCGGUGAAGUCUCCUCCUCCUCCUUACUACUACCACUCCCCACCUCCUCCGGUGAAGUCUCCUCCUCCACCUUACUACUAUCCCUCUCCACCUCCUCCGGUGAAAUCUCCUACUCCACCUUACUACUAUCACUCUCCACCUCCUCCGGUGAAGUCACCACCACCACCAUAUUACUAUCACUCCCCUCCCCCUCCGGUGAAAUCACCACCACCACCAUAUUACUAUCACUCCCCUCCUCCUCCGGUGAAAUCACCUCCACCACCAUACUACUACCACUCACCACCACCACCGGUGAAAUCACCACCACCACCAUACUACUACCACUCACCCCCUCCACCGGUGAAAUCACCACCACCACCAUACUACUACCACUCUCCACCUCCUCCGGUAAAAUCUCCACCGCCACCAUACUAUUACCAUUCACCACCUCCUCCUGUCAAGUCACCACCACCACCUUACUACUACCAAUCACCUCCCCCACCAGUGAAAUCACCUCCACCACCUUACUACUACCACUCACCACCACCACCUGUGAAAUCUCCUCCUCCACCUUACUACUACCAUUCACCACCCCCUCCAGUCAAAUCUCCUCCUCCACCUUACUACUACCAUUCACCACCUCCUCCGGUGAAAUCCCCACCACCACCAUACUAUUACAACUCUCCACCACCACCAGUAAAAUCUCCCCCACCUCCAGUCUACAUCUACGCUUCUCCCCCACCUCCUAUCCAUUACUAGGCUCAUCAAAUUCAACAAAAUUUCCUCAUUAUUCAAGUUUUCUUUUUAAAAAUGAAAUAAAGGAAGGGUUAAAGUCAAAGAUGAGAAGAAGUGAACCAAAUAAGGAUCGUCUCGUGGAAACCAUGAACAAUACAUCUCCAACAAUGAUCCACAUCACUUCCUCUUCUUCAUUGUCGCUCAUCUUCCACUCCUGCAUCAUCAUCUUCGCGUCUUCAUCAAGUCGGAUUGUUUCAAAAACCCUUUUAGAUCGUAUACUACUCUUCCUUGUAAGCUUUUGUUAUCGUUAUUUAUUUGUUGUGCAUACAUUUUCUAAAUAUUUUUUACAUUAAUGUAAUGAGUGAGGUGUUAGCAGAUAAAAAAUGUUCAGUUUCGUGUUUCUUAAGACUGUUCGUUUUAAUGUUAUUUUUAUAUUUUUGAAAAUUCAAAUUUGAAAGACAGUUCGAUGAGUUGGUCAUACGACAUAUCGUUUAUAUAUGUUGGUACAGGCAGAAAGUGAGCCUUGCUUCAAACGUUGGAAAGUGAAAGUAAAAACAUGACAACAAUCUUUGCGAUCUUAUUGGCAUAUUAGUUAAUUGUGUUUAUGGAGUUAGUCAGAGAAUCACUUUCGUUCAACUAAAUUCUACCUGUUUUUUU